AACAAACUCAUUUGUAGCGUAAACAUGAAUAAAAUGUCGCAAUGCGGUAAAGUACCGGUGUGCGCGAAGCAGACGACAAUUUACGCGCGGAGGACACAUUUCAACUCUGGCUAAUGGUUGAAGAUGACUGACCAACUAACUGAAGAACAGAUCGCAGAAUUCAAGGAGGCGUUCAGCCUGUUUGACAAGGACGGAGAUGGAACCAUCACCACCAAGGAGCUGGGAACCGUCAUGAGGUCCCUGGGCCAGAACCCGACCGAGGCCGAGCUUCAGGACAUGAUCAACGAGGUGGACGCUGACGGAAAUGGAACGAUCGACUUCCCCGAGUUCCUGCAGAUGAUGGCGCGGAAGAUGAAGGAGGGUGACAGCGACGAGGAGAUACGGGAGGCAUUCAAGGUCUUUGACAAGGACGGGAAUGGCUACAUCUCGGCCGCCGAGCUCCGCCAUGUUAUGACGAACUUAGGAGAGAAACUCACGGAUGAGGAGGUGGACGAGAUGAUAAGAGAGGCUGAUGUGGACGGGGACGGGCAGGUGAAUUAUGAUGAGUUUGUCAAGAUGAUGACGUCAAAAUAAUUUCAUCUCACUCAUUUCCACAUUUCUACUGACUCUGUGUAAAUCAUACAUCGGAUCGAUUCAGAAGGCAAACAGCUAUGCGAAAAAGAUAAAAAGGAAUCAUCCAGGGCUUAUCAGCAGCAGUUGGAAUCAUUUUAAGGUUGCAGCACUGUGCACUUGUUUUCGUACACAUAUAAGAUAUUGCUAAAGGGAGAGUAUUUGACUUUGUAACAAGCAGUUUAGUUCUAAGACUAUAGAUUAUAUUCUCCUUUUGUUUUUCCAUCAUUUUAAGAUAGUAAUGUAAUUAUGAAUUGGAUGCGGUAACAGUGUUUAUGAAGGCUGAUGUAAGUUUAUCCGACUUCAUUUAAGGUUGUCAUUCGCUCACAUUAACUGACUCUCUGCUGUAUCGCAGCGCAUACAAUGCAAGCAGGGAACCAAAAACGUUUACGUUAGACCAAAAAAAAAAUUGUUUCCACGAACAUCUCCAAAAAAUAGUGAAGGUAGGCAUACUUUUUUCGAUUUUCUUUUUUUUUUUCGAGAACCGGGAUUCUGUACCAAACCGACGUAUAGCAGGGUGUAUCACUAUUUUAAAUAUAAAAUGGUCAAAUUUUAAUAUAUUCACUCAAAUAAUGCACUUUUUACAGAAAAUAAUGAAAAAAAUCCACACUACAGCAAAAACGUGUAGGGAACAGAGGAAAAAUAGGGUCGCUGUGGUUAGUUGGUACAUUUUUUACCACUUAUCCACCACAAACAACCUUAAAUUAAACCUUAACUGAACUCCGGCAAAUUCUAACAAACAGAUUAACUUGUAACUUUAUAUCCUGCAUUAUAAAAGAAAAUACAACAUUUAUUUCAUGCAUAGAUUAUAUCGUCAUUUUCAUUUUGUAAAUAUAACCGUUGGUAAUAAAUUUGUUACGAAAAAUG